CUGCGGACGGCAGCGCGUGGCUGCCGCCAGUGGCACAGCCCGAGCCCAAGGCCUCACAGAGUCCCGCUGGGGAGCUCGGCACGGCACCCACUUCCUGGGCGGCGCAUCAGCGCGCCCGACGCAGCAGCUGGCUUGUGACCCAGGAGCAGGUUGA